UGAUUACAUGUAAACAGGGAAAUGCCGGUUAUCAGCAUUUCUCUCCUCUCGAGCUGGCACUGAUGAUCAGUGUGCCCUGAUGAUCAGUGUAGCCCCAGCAGCGCCACCUUUCAGUGCCCAUCAGUGCUAGCUGUCAGUGCUCAUCAGUGCCACAUUAAUGCCACAUAUCAGUGCCUACCAGUGCACAUCAAUGCCACAUAUCAGUGCCCAUCUGAGCUGCCUUUCUGUGUCACCCAUCAGUGCCAGUCAGUGCCACCUAUCAAUGCCAAUCAGUGCCACCUAUCAGUGCAGCCAAUCAGUGCCACCUAUCAGUGCCAGUCAGUGCCGC